AUGCGCCUCCUUCGCGCACUCACUCACUCGCAGCAGCAACAAGCAUCAACAACAAGCAUGGCCCCUCCACUUGCAACAAUCCUCCCUUGCGUCACGCUAAUCCCCACCUCCCUUCUUCGCCGCAUUGUCACGCUGCCUUCGCUCCUGCUCGCCCGACCCACCUGAACUGGACGUGUUGUUGAAGUUUCUGGCACUUUUCAGUACCACAUUGCUGGGAUACUCGCCAGUUGAUCAGUGGAUUCAGUCAGUUGGUUUUUCUGGGGAUAUUCGAUGAGAUAAUGUAGUAGGCUUGAAGAGAUAGGAAUCGGGGUGGUUGCGUAAGGGCGUGGUGCGGUUUGGAUCGUUGUUAUAGAUUAGGACUUGGGUUUUGGGAAAAGCUGGAAUUGUGGGUUGAUUGUUGGUAGCGAGGAGCUGCUCCUCUGGAAGUGCGAGAAGGAGGAGGAGGGGUGGAGAUGACUAUGGCGACGAUGGGCGUAGCAGCUUUGAGCGACUGUGCUGCUGCGUCUCUUGCUUCCCCUUUCGCGACGCUGACCUCCUUGCAUCGUUCCAAAACAGCUGCCAGGAUUACAAUCGACAGAGCGUGCCGGGAUUGGUCAUCAUUGGCUGUGUUAUCUCCCGGAAUGAAUCCUGCAAGUCACACAAGAAGCAGGAAUUAUUCUGCAGAGAAAAAAUGCUGUCUGCAUCAAAUGCCUAUUACUGCAGCACAUAGGAAGGCAAAUCUGCGCGUUAGGAAGCAAGAAAGCGUCCCGUUAGUAACACUGACUGACCCUUCUGGAGUGUCACAUCACUUGAGCUCUUUCCUGCAGCAACCUGCUGGCACACAGUCCAUGCUCAACACAAGAGCCUUGAUGAGGUACGAGUAUGUGGGUGACGAUGUAUACCGGUGCUACCUGCCUAAAGUAACGCUGCUCAACUUCGAGGUUGCCCCCAUCGUCGACCUCUUUGUGGCCGCAAGUGAUGUGGACUGUCGUGUGGACAUGCGUCAAUGCUCGUUUACAGGCUCUAAAGCUAUCCAGGACCAGAACGAACGUUUUUCUGCCAGCUUGAAGAAUCACUUGACAUGGCACGACACCCCCGAAGGAGAUCAAGUGCUCAACUUGGAAACCGAGCUGAGUGUUUCCUUGGAGGUCUACACCGUUCCUUUCACAAUGCUGCCUCUUUCUGCGGUGGAAGUUCCUGGCAAUGCGAUUAUGCAAACGAUGUUGGACCAGUUGAUUCCCUUGUUCCUGGACUCCCUAUUCUCGGACUACAAGAGGUGGGUGGAUGAGGAAGCAUUGGGUCUUGGGGUGAACACCAUUCCUCUGUCACCGACUCUGGGGUCAAGUCCCCACUUAGCAGCACCGGAUUGCCAACCUUUACAAGUUUCUUCAUGAUCGGACUAGUGGGUAGAGCUUCUAGAACAGCAAUGCAUUGUUGCAUUGGUGCAGUUCAUUGCAACUAAUUCUUGGAAUUUGGCGGAUGUGGUGCCGAGUGGGUCUACAGAGUAGAAUGCCGCACUGGAUAAGAAGCCGAGGGAAUCGGCAUUGUAUAUAUAAAGUUGCGAAUUUAGUGUUGUGAUUGUUCUUUCAUUGACCAAUGAAAUUGAGAAGCUGCGUAUUCCAUAUUGAUUAUGAUCGCAGUCAAACUUCAGCGUUGA